UUUUUUCAUUUUAUAUCAAAUUAUUUAAUGUUUAAGUUCAUGGCUUUGGUUUGAAUUUAGCAUAGAAAAUAAUUUCUUUGCACUAGAGAGGGCAGGCUUUCUAACAGGAAACUAUUUGUUUAUUUAUUUCAUAGUACUUGCUCAUACAUGUAUAUAUAGUAUGUAAAAUUCCAAUGUAUCUUAGGAGCGCGUUACACCUCAAAAGACAAGGCACUAUGUACACAGCGUUAUCUGGACCGCUAGGGUAUCAUUACUAGAAACACACCUUGUACUUUAAUUAAAAAGUUCUGCAUAAUUAUAUCCACUGGAAAUUUCACAGGAAUAAUGUCGUCCAACAAAAAAUUCUGCGAGACCAAUAAGUGCCUGUUUGUCAUCCUUGUAGCCGUGGCUGCUGUGAUCGCGAUCAUUUGUGUGGUAACGUUCUCGGACGAAAAUCUGCGUGAGAAAAGAAACCAGAAGGCGGAUCUAAAGUGGUGGCAGACUAGCAUCGUCUACCAGAUUUAUCCCCGGUCGUUCCAGGAUUCGGACGGAGACGGGACGGGGGAUCUUCAAGGAAUCAAGGGUCGCUUGGGCAAUGUGUCGGAUCUAGGGGUUGGGGCUGUCUGGCUAAGUCCCAUCUUCAGGUCCCCCAUGCGUGACUUUGGAUAUGACGUUCAGAACUAUACAGAAGUGGAUCCUAUUUUUGGAAACAUGGCGGAUUUUGAGGAUCUGAUGAACGAAGCCAAGGCAAAAAAUUUGCGUGUAAUACUGGACUUUGUCCCUAACCACACGAGUAACGAGAGUGAGUGGUUUUACCUCAGUGAGCGGGGCGAUGCUACGUACAGGGAUUACUACGUGUGGAAUGACGGCGUGAAUUGUACCUCGGGAUGUGAAGACACAGGGGGAAAACGACCCCCGAAUAACUGGCUGAGUGUAUUUGGUGGAUCCGCCUGGAAGUGGAGUGGAAUGAGAAAUAAAUUUUACUACCACGCCUUCUUAGACUCUCAACCUGACCUCAACCUGAGGAAUAAAAAAGUCCGGGAGGAACUCAAGAACGUGUUGAGAUUCUGGUUACAGAAAGGGGUGGAUGGAUUCCGAGCCGACGCCCUCAAGUUUAUGUUUGAAUCCCAGAAUGUGACGCAGAACGAGACGGGGUUAAGUGACACAUUUGCUUGGAUUGAAGAGGAUAAUCAUAAUCUGACGACAAACUUUAAAGAGAUUUAUGGAAUUCUGAAAGAAUGGAGAGAGGUGUUAAACGACUACGGCGAUGACAAAUUUCUGAUAGCUGAGUCUUACGGCAUAAGUCAUGCCGUACGGAACGAGUACUACAAAUCUGGCUCCAUUCCUUUUAACUUCGCCUUGAUUCAAUAUCUUAACGCAAGUUGUGACGCACUGUGUCUGAAAUCUGUGAUAAAUGAGUCAAUGGCGGGCCUUAUACCGAGCUACUGGCCCAACUUUGUGAUAGGAAAUCACGACAACCACCGAGUGGCCAAUAGGUUCGGUCCGGAGAUGAUAGACGCCUUUAACAUGUUACUACUGACCCUGCCUGGGACCCCCACAUCCUAUUACGGGGAGGAGAUUGGAAUGAGGGACACCUUUUACACGUACAGUGAGACCAAAGACCCCGCCGGCCUCAACUUCAAUGAGACUUUAUACCUGGAACACACGCGGGACCCAGAACGUUCCCCGAUGCAGUGGAACGACAGCCUCAAUGCAGGAUUCUCUAGUGGAACACCCUGGUUACAUGUCAACAGGAACUACAAAGUCAUCAAUGUUAAGAAUCAGGAGUCCGCUGAUAAUUCUCACCUAAAGGUUUAUAAAGAACUGGCCAAGUUACGCCAGAAACCGUCUUUUACGUACAGUAAUCUGACGUUUGUGGACCUGGACGACGUCGACGACAAUCCGAAAAAAAUUCUGUCGUACAUCAGGACCCAGCCAAAGGAAGACAAGUAUCUGGUAGUCCUGAACUUCGGACAUCUGUACGCAAAUGACGUGGACCUUAGUAAAAGUGCCGGAAGUAAAAGAGGGGAGGUUGUCGUAAACGCCAUGUCUAAUUAUAAAAUGGAAACGGAAGUGGACCUCACACGUAUAACGUUAUCGCGGGGGCAGGGGCUAGUUAUUAAAAUCAAGUGAAUGUAGUGUAUGACUACAAUAUUAAAUUAAGGUGAUUUUUAAUUAAGGAAUUAUUGUCAUAUUCAAAACAACUCAUUACCUUUUUACUAUACUAGAUGUAUUAUAACGGGGACAUGCAAUCAGUAUCAAAUGUGUAAACACGUACAUGUACUAAUACUUAAAAAAUUGUUUGCCAGACUUAUAAUAAAAGGCAGAAAUAUCCAGAUAAAAAUAGUAGUUUUGAAUAUUUUAACCAUCUGUUUAUCAGGCGGAGUCGGAAGAAAUAUAUAAUACAACAUAGGCCAUUCUUAAGCCAUUCACCAUACCAUUGCGUCCUCACAAUGCCAGGGGUCCUGUGUCCACUCACUGCCGUGGAACCCCUUACAAAUUACAUUUGAUAUCUUAUGGGUCGACUGCAGCGACGUCUUUCGAAAAAAAAAACAAAUCUUGCUUGUUUUUCUUUUCGUGCAUUUUAGGCGCAUUUGAUUUCUGUCUGUUUACAUGAUUAUUUAUCUACUUCAAUUCGAAUGGGAGAGAAGCAAGCCUGGAAAAAAUGAAAUAUGCCAGGGGUCCCACGGCAACGACACAGGAGCCAUGGCGGUGUGAGAAUAAGUACUAAGACAUUGAGGUUAUCCAGCUUUCAGUCUGAUUCGG